GGUCAGCAAGACAAACGUCUUCGAUAAAUCCGCUGCUCCUUAUCCACUCCGCCCCAUUUCCUGUGCUUAUCGAAAGCCGCGGCGAAUCUCCGCAACCUCCAACCACCUUCACUGUCUUCUUCUUCUUCUUCUUCUUCUUCAACUACUGAUAGGAGGCCCAUCGACUUUCUCUCCCUUCUGAGCUUUCAUGGCCUCUCUGUCUCAAUACCUUCUGCUCCUCUGCUCCUUCACGUGCUUGAUCCACUCCUCCCGCUCCCGCACGCUCGUCCUUCCCUUGGCCAAAGACGCUUCCACGCUCCAAUACGUGGCCACCGUCUACCACGGCCCUUCUCUCGACCCCGUUGAGCUCGCCGUGGACCUCGGCGGCCCAUCUCUCUGGCUUGACUGCUCCGCCUCCUCGUCCGCCUCCGUCCGCCGAGUCCCCUGCCGUUCCAUCGCGUGCUUGGCCGCCACGUCCGACGUUUCCGGGCUUCGUCGCGCGUGCGCGGGCGGGGCCUGCUCCGAUUGCGAUGUUCAGUCGGAGAGCGGCGCUGCGGGCGAGGCCGCGUGCGGGGUGCUCGCGGAAGGAGCCGUGGCCGUCGAUGCUGUGGACGGGUCAGGGGAGAGAUCGGUCGCGGCCGUCGACCGGUUCCUGAUCUCCUGCGCGCGCGCGGCGCCGGGAUUUGGAGCGGGCGGAGUCAGAGGGACGUUGGGGUUGGGACGGAGUCGAAUUUCGCUGCCGUCGCAGAUGGCGACGGCGUUCGGCAUCCGCCGGAGAUUCUUCGCGUGCCUAUCGGCGUCGGAGGGCGUCAUCGUUGCCGGCGACGGGCCAUUCUUCUCCCACCUCAACGCCGACAUCUCCAAAUCCCUGACCUACACGCCCCUCGCGACCGCCAAAUCGACGCGAUCCUCAGACUACCUCAUCAACCUCACCUCCAUCAAGAUCAACGGCAAGCGGCUCUCCCUCAACUCCUCGUCGCCGCGCUCGGUCAAGCUCAGCACCGCGAUCCCGUACGCCGCCAUGGUGAGCCCGAUCUACUCUGUCUUCGCCGAGGCCUUCGCGGGAGCGGCCUCGGCCAUGGGGAUGGCCAGGGUCCCACCGGUGGGCCCGUUCCGGGUGUGCUUCGACCCGAGAAGCGUCAGCGCGACGGGGGUGGGGCCUGACGCGCCGGCAAUCGAUCUGGUGCUGCAGAGCGAGAUGGUGAGGUGGAGGAUUGGCGGGUCGAGCUCGAUGGUGAGGAUGAGCGACGAGGCGACGUGCUUGGGGGUGGUGGACGGCGGCAACGGGUUGGAGAGCUCGGUGGUGCUGGGAGGGCACCAGCUGGAGGACGUGCUGCUGGAGUUCGAUUUCGGGGGUUCGAGGUUGGGGUUCGGCCCGCCGUCGGCAGGGCAAUUGGGUUGUUCCGACUUGAGGCCGGGUUUCAAUUCCAUGGCGUUUCCGUCGCUAUAGAUGCAAUUCCUCUUCUCAUUCUGCUGCUUCGGUCGAUGUAGUGUUCCAUUGAGGACGAAUUGGAAGAUGUACAGAGUUCUGAUAGAAAUGAACACGAUUGGAAGGA